CCCUUGACAUCCUAUACUCUCACCUAAUCUCGAAAGAAACACAUACUCUUGACUCUUGUAUCAUACCUUUCCACUGACAUAGCUGCGUCCCGAUGGCCUCCCUCGGCCGAGCCCGACGCGGCCACCUCUCGAACAAGGUAGCCAACGUCAAACUCCGCCCGGCCCCGGCUCAAGCUCAGGAUGCAGGCAAGAGGAAAUCCAGGUUCGAAGCCGAGGAGUACGAGGUAAACAUGAUGGACAGGGAACAUGUCAGGAGGUUGGAGGAUGAAGAUGCUCUAGACGACCACGACCUCGAACUAGCCCAUUCCCGCCCGACCUUGCCAUUCUUGAACCAAGUCAUCUCAUACACGGGCCUCACAUGGGAAAGGGCCGCCCUGUCAGACAAGCUGAGGGCGAUGGGGGUGAAGUAUAUCCACAUGGACUUGACGCUGGAUUGCACGGCGUUGAUCAGUCGAGGGCAUGAGAGCGUCAAAUACGAACGCUCGGUGGAAUACCGGAUCCCGAUCUUCCGGCCCGACUGGAUAGACGCCGUCCACGAGAUCUGGUUGAGCGGGUUGGAAGUCCCGCCGAUUCAUACGAUGACGAGGUACAAGUUGGAAGCGUUUGCAGGGCUUACGAUCGCCGUCUCUGGGAUUGAACCUCCCGAAGUCCGUCAGAACAUGAUCCAAAAGAUCGGCGAUCUAGGCGGGAAAUACUCGCCCUCGCUCAACAGGGAGUGCACCCACCUCGUCGUCGCUCAUCCCAAACCCGACUCUGCUGGACCCGACCCGCUCGCUUCGGCCAAGGUGCGGUGGGCUUUUCAGGUCAAUGCUCAGGCGAGGGAAGAGCGGGAACACUGGGCUCUUCAGGAAGACGCUUGGCGACGCCGCGGAGGCGGAGGUGGAAUUGGCGAGGAUGGUAUCGGGAUGGAUAUGUCGAUGGCAGGUCGGGACAAGGAGCGGGAACGAGGCAUCAAGGUCGUCUGGGAAGGUUGGUUCUGGGACUGCCUACAUUUCGACGGAAGGUUCAAGGAGGACGCUUGGAAUGCCGAGGAGGUCUCGGAGCCGCCGGGGUACGAGCAGAGUUAUCGGUAUCGAGAGCAAGUACGGAAAGCCAAGCAGAGGGACGAUAUGGACAGGGCACGGCGAGCUAUGCAAGCCGCCAUGACCACGACGACCUCGAACGUGAAUACGGACUCGCCAGACUCGUUUGGCUCGAGACCACCGCCUCAGCCGCAACCGCACGAGCUGAGCAUGCUCGACAUGGAAGAAUUGCGUGCGAAACCUGAAGAGCUCGAACCGGCCUUGAUCAGGAAACGACCACGGGAAAGUCAGAUUGGCAUACCGGCGAGGCGGACAAAGAGCUCGGCAGCAGGGCCUGGAGGUUUGGUAGAUGACCUGAUCGCCAGCGUCAGUCAUCGAGACGAUCGGAAUCAGGGGAAGAACGGGGAAGAUGGGGCGGAGGUGGUUGUCAAGGCGGAACCUGGCGACAAGCGAUCAUCGAAGCCGGGCUCGAGGUCACCGUCACCAGAGACGGCGAGGAAACGAGCACGAACAGCCAGAGCUCAGCCGACCGACAGCAUGAGCGCGACCACAUGGGCGCCUCGGGACUCGGCUGUCGAUAUUCAGCGGACGAGAUCGUCCAUGAUCAACUCCAGCCGCGAUCGAGCGUUUGCACAGGAUCAACCGGGUCCGAGCAAGCCCGCCGUCUUUCCCUCUACCUCUACUACCAAAGAACCCGCUUCGUCAGCGACGGUACCCUCGACCUCGUCCAAGGCCAAAGACUUGAGCAUGCCGCCUAGCCGGCAAAUGUCGACAAACAGCUCAAACUAUGACCCGACGGUCUUUGAAGGGUUGACGUUUACGCAUCAGAUCGAAGGCCCCGUCGAGCUGUUUGAAGAUGCGGUGAGGGGGAUGGGAGGGACGUUGGUCCCUUAUGCGCGAUGGCAGGAUGAAUGAACUCGCAACCGCCCGAACCGACGUUCGCCGCCAAUAGUCAGGUGGUCACGGAAUGUUGGAUCGAGCGGUGUUUAAAAGAACGCAGGUUGUGUCCACCGGAUGAUUCCGUGGUGUUUCGGCCGCUGUCUAAACCGAUGCCUAUACAAGGUAUCGGAGGCCA